GCUACUGCCCGCCUAUCGCCCCUACCCGCCCACUCUCCACCACGGCCUGCAUACUCCACCACGGCCUGCAUACCAUCGCCCACCUUGCUGUCUAGACGGGAUUGCACCCAAUUCUGCUGGUGAUCCUGCCUGCUGCCGCCGCCAAGAAGAUGACUACUCUAGAGCUCGCGUUCCUAGACCCGAAAACCAUCAAGGACUCUCAGAUGGAUGAGGUGACACACGUCGUGAGCAAGGCGUUUCAAGACUUCAACACCUCCAUCCGCGCCCCCGUAGAGGUGUACGAAGAGGAGUUCGGACGUCCUGAGACGGGCCCGGGCAUGAUUCAAAGCAUCUGCAAGUCAUACGAGGCGUACGCGGCGGUGGCGGACGGCGGGGCCGGCAAGAUCGUGGGUGUGUCCUUCGUUGACGUGCACGCGAAGGGUUCGAGGGUGGCCUGCCUGGGACCCGUUUCGUCCAUAGCCCCCGGCGCCGGCAAGAAGUCGUUCGUGGCCGCUUGCGCCUACGCUGAGGAGCUCGGCUUCUCUACUCUGGUCCUGAUGCAAGUCGCGGCCAACUCGCGAUCGUUCUCCCUGUACGCCAAGGUCGGAUUCGAGACAAAACACACGUGCCAAUACAUCGGAGGAUUCUUGGAGCUGCCGUCUGAGGGGAGCCUGUCGCCCCCCCCCGCGCCUAGCGGGGUAACCCUGAAGGCCAUGGUCGCGGGAGAUGUCGAGGACUGCGCGGAGCUGUUUCUCGAGGCACACGGGAAGAGCUGCGGCUGGGACCGCCGGGCGGAUAUCACCGGUUGCUUGGGGUCCGGUGCCCCGUUCCCGAUGCUGGUGGCCCGAGAUGCAGAUGGCAAAGUGGUUGGCUACACCACAGGUUUCUACAUAAUGGGACAUACCGUGGCGAAGUCUCAGGACAUCUUCUGCGACAUGUUCCGACAGAGCUCGAAGCUGCACCAACAGGCGGGGCUGCCUUGCCCAAGGUUCCACUGUCCCGUAGAGUUCACGGGCCUCUUGUCGUGGGCCUUGGCACAGAAUGGGCUCAAGAUUUUCCGGGCGACGAUCCUCAUGGCCAGAGGGCACUACGAACACACCCCGUGGCAGGACGCCAUCGGGCACGUCGUGGCCCCGAGUAUCAGCGGAUACUGAAAAACUGCAACCUUCAACCUUUGCAGGCCGACGAAACUGAACACGUCGAUAAUUGUGUAUGCCUUUGACGCUAGUUUUUUAGACGCCCUGUUGUAGGAGAUGUGGUUGUGCCGUGUCACUCUUGUGUCUUGUUUUGCGUGUGUGUCCUUAUGGGUGCCGCGGACACACCGUGUUUGUGUCCGAUGAAGCCGUACGACCAUCGCUGUAGCUGUUUUUGUGGAAAUAUUCAGCUUUAUGCACAUAUGUGGCGAGGUAGCUGUGUGUUGUCAGCACGUGACUACUGCUUGUAGCCGUGCACUGGAGGGUGUAAGGUGGGGUGUAAACGUGAACAACGUUUUUUGUUGCGUGCGUGCGUUCGUGCGGGAAAAUGUUUUCUACAGGAUGGAAUGUUGUUCAAGUAAAUGAGGAGCUGAUGUGUUCGUGUUGGCAUUGUAUGUGUCGUGUGGCUCCCCUGCCCUCCCCGAUCCUGCGGGGGAGGGCUUGCUUGUUGUCGUUGUCGUCGUCGUUGUAGGUAAAGACAAGGGUGGGAAAAAGUGCAGUGUUGGUGACGGGCUAAAUAUACCUACAUCGUCCCUGCUGUUCCCUUUUCUGCCUUCUGGCUGCGGUAGAACUCUUGCGAUCUGAGAUGCCUCCUCGUUAGGCUUCCUGGCAAUGGCUGCAUGUAUUCCAAGCUCACGGUGCGAGAUCAGCUCAGCAAUAGCAAUGGCGCAGGGUGAAGGACUCAGGCUCAAUUGAAGACAUGAUUACGAGGGAGGCAGGGCCCCGCUGGUGGGAACGG